AUGGGAAACUCCAAAUCUCCUGACGUCGGUAUGGACGCAGCAGCAUUACCGGAGAAAAAUCCAAGGAUCUCCAAAGACGAUAAACAAUCACUCUCUCCAGUAACUUCAUUCAUCGAGAACCCAGCCCUCGCAUUGGAUCUUCGCUUAUUGACCCUUGAAUCAUCUACGAACCCACCAGAGAUCGCGCCGCAAACUCCCAAACCGAAAAACAUUUGCGAAUUAACAAUCGACGUCUUAGCUUACCUCGCCGAUUCUCUACCACCCGACACCGCAGCUUUGUUGAGUAUUUCCUGCAAAGCUUUGUGGCGCACACUCGGAUCAAAAUACGUCGACGCCCUCAAAAAGCCUUACAGGGCUGCCUCUUUCCCCGUCCAUGAUAUGUACAAGCGUAAUUUAAACAUCCAACUCUAUCGAAGCUAUCGCUACAACUUCCUGCAAAUCCUCGCACGCGAUCUUCCAAAUUAUAUUACAUGUUAUCCCUGCAACAAACUCCACAUGAUCGGUACUGCAAAUAGUCAGAGGUUGCUUGAAUUAUCGUGCGCUUUUCAUAUUGAUAACGCUCUACCCCUCUUAAGAGGAUAUGUGAGCUUCCACGUUUUACAAGCCGCAAUGAAACGUUAUCACCAACGCCACAUCUCUCUCUCAAUCUCUCUCUACGACCUAACCAUUAAUUCCUUGAGCCCAACGUCUCAAUUAGUCGAGUGUUCUCGCGAGACCAUGCGAAUCUCGCACACGACAAAGUCAAUAAUCUUUCGCAGGCAAAGAAUCCUACUACUCCCCGCCAACCAUCACUAUUCUUCCUACGAAGAUCCAGACGCCAGUGUAUCCUGGGAUUAUCCCAUCUGUCCCCAUCUCAAAUGGGACUGUUCCUACGAUUUCUGCGGGCGCGCGCUCAGCGUCUCCAAUCGAUCCUUGACAUCGCCGCUUUUCCAGUCGUGCGAUUACUGCAUGACGGACUACCACGUCGCGGUGCAAGAUCGCGAGGAAGGUGGAGAUGCUCUCUAUCUCACUCGCUGGCAGGAUCUCGGCUCCGGCGAGUCGCCGCGGGAAUUUAAUUGGCAGAACGCAAUCUCGGAUGGCAGAACUCAGAGACAGGAUAAAGUCUCGCGGUAUGCAUAUGAACAUGGUUCUGUUUGUGAGGCGUUUGAAGGGAGACCGGGGGAGAGGUUUGAAUUUGAUAAGAUCAUGAGGGAGGAGGAUUGGGAAAUGGUGAAUGGACAUUCGGUUUCGAGAGCGAGGGAUGUGCAGAGGAAGAGGGGAAAGGAGAAGAAGCUUCCGUUGACAUUUUUGACGAUUAGAGAUGAUCCUAUGGUUCGUGCGUGGUUUGAGUGA